UAAGAAUCGUCCUCGACCUUCCAUCGAUACACUUAUCUACAUUCCUUCUUCAAAUUCGUUGUCAAUGGCCAAUCAAUAUUCAAUAUUAGCUAAUCGUUGUUGAGUAACAUUUACCGAUUCAAAUGGCGUUCUGGAUGUCGUUUCAAAUUAGCCUGCAUUAGCAUAUGCAGUGCCACUUCACAACGGCACUUCGAACGACGAAAAGGUUUCAUUUGGAAUUGACUGAUUGCGAUUCGAAGUGGUUAUUCUGAAGUCGGAUUCACAGUAAAUUGUCGUACACGAAUCAGUUUAGGGGGUUUUGAAGUCAACCGUUCACCAAUCAAUUGCGGUCAGCCGGCAUGGCUCCCGCCGUACGUUCGUUCUACAAAGACGCAACGGUGUUGAUCUGUGGGGCCACCGGCUUUCUCGGUCAAAUCCUGCUGGAGAAAAUUCUUAGGACGUUGGAACCGCGGACGGUGUAUUUGCUGAUACGCAGGAAGAAGGGGCUCGAUGUAGAACAACGGCUUCAGAUGCUGAUGCAGGGGGUGGUGUUCGAGCGAGUUCGCUCGUUGCCCAUAGUGUCCAGGGUGCAAGCAAUCGAAAUGGACAUGACCCGACCGGACUUGGGGCUGAAUGAAGAAACUCGCCGCUGUCUGAUUGAAGAAGUUCACGUAGUGUUCCAGCUUGCAGCGCAUGUGAACUUCAUGACGCCGUUGCAUCGUAUUCUGAAGGAGAAUGUUGAAUACAACAUGCAUCUGUACGAUUUGGUGAAACACAUGAAGAACUUGCGAGUAGCGAUGCAUGUAUCAACGAUGUUUUCCAACUGUGACCGGAAGGCCAUUCUCGAAAAGGUUUACAGCGAUGUGGGGUUUGGCGGGUACGACUUCAUUGUGGAACACCUUAACAAGCUGGAUGAACAGGAAAAGAAUGCCGUGGAGCCGAUCAUCAUCGGGAAUCAUCCAAAUAACUAUACUUUUUCCAAGAAAUGCAUCGAAGCAAAGCUACAACAACAGUACUCCGACAUGCCCGUUGGGAUAUUCAGGCCUCCUUCCAUUAACGCUUGCUAUGAAGAACCAGUUCCCGGUUGGACCAACAAUCUAUACGGUUACGCUGGAUUCACGGUUCCCGUUAUUAUCUGGCUGUACACCGUUUAUUUCGUAGAUGAUUCUGUAAGACCGAUGUUUGCUCCCGUUGAUUACUGUGUGAACGCCUUGCUCGUGUGUGCAGUAGACGUGGCAAAGAACUACAAUAAGGAUCAAAGUGAAAUUCCAGUUUUCAACUACGCUCAUAGUUGCUCACCUAUCUUUAAGGAUAUUUUCAAAUAUUCGACCGUUGGACUGCCGUGGCCACAGAACUUAAUUUAUCGUCACUUCAUGGUCACCCGUACGACUAACGAAUUCCGUUAUCGCGUGUCGGAAAAAAUGAUGCUUGCUCACGCGUCGAUACUCGAUCGGGUUGCGAUUUGGAGAGGUUAUCCAGGUGGUAUACGGAAAGGUAUCGAACAGGCACUGAAAAUGAUGAAAAAAACUCGACUGAUGACGAUAACGGAAUGGGAGGUGGAAACUGCCAAUAUGAAACGAGUUCUGGAAGAUCUCGACCCGGAUGAAAGAGCAAUAUUCAAGUGCGAUAUGGGAACUAUAAACUGGGAACGGCAUUACGUGGAUUUUGUGCGAGGAAUCAAGAAGUACGUACUGAGUAGUUAUUUUAUGAAAAGUAAAUUAUAG